AUGAGACACAGCUGUCGGCGCGGCAGCGGUGGAAGUCCUUCAAAACCCUACUUCAAAGCUGAGCUUAUACGUGUUAACAUCAGAGGCAUCGGAGCAGUAGAGCUGGUUGUGUCUGCCGUUUCAGACCCGGAUCUGCCCCAGCAGGCCCAUCACUUGCUGCUGCUGUCGAAAGGGGCUCCUCAUGAGGAGCUGCAGCGUCAGAAGCUGCUGCAGCGCAGGCCACCAAUACACGACCUCCUCUUUCUGCAGAGUCUCGAGAGAGGGACCAGCUGGCGGUCGGCUGCUGUUGAGGCUGUCGAGCGAGCUCACCGCUGGGUGAGAAACCGGCUGGGGACACUCCUCACAGAACGGUCGCAACAGAAGCAGCAUCCCUUGCAUCAGCAGUUCGUCGACCUGUUAAUGAGUCUGGGGCUCCUUACCAGCAGCAGCUCCAGCAAUAGCAGCAACGGCAGCAGCUUCUGGCAGGUGUUGUGGACAGGCUUUGUUGCGGCUGCUGCUGCCCUAACAGCAGCAAUGGCGGCAUCUCCUACGCUGGCCGCGGGUGGGAACUUGGCUGGAGGAGGAACUACCGCAGUAGCAGCCCCGCGAAAUACCUUCAACAGUUGGAUUGCCUCGAGUUUGCUGCAGUGCAGCGGCAGCGCCCUGUCAUUUUGGGGUGUAUGUACGGCUGGGACACGCAUGCAGCAGGCACUCGGGAUAUCGUGUUCAUCCUUUCUCUCCAAGCCUAUGGGCUUGCUCACAAUAGCCGUGGCGUCCAAUGCUGCUGCUGCUGCGGCGGCGGCUGCAGGUUUUGCGUGCAACAGGUUGCAGCAGCUGCACGCCGGUAGCAGCGGCGGCCCUUGCGGUUGGCUCGAAGCAGCGAAGACGCUGCAGCAGGAAACUCGCGGGAACUGGGGGGGAGUGCUGCUACAGCACCAUCCCCGAGCCCCUUCCUUGGCUCUCCCUCGCAGCAGCAACAGCAGCAGCAUCAGCACUCGGCAGAGCUUGCUGCGGCUAUGUGCGGGGGAGACCGUUGGUUGUUUGCUGGUGUACUACAUGUUGGGGGGGCGCUUGUUUCGGCUCUCUCCUUCGAGUUUGGUGGCUCCUGGGGCAUUCAGCGAACGGAGUUUGUCCCUCUCAGCCUCUACUGUGUACGCGUCAGACACAGAGCGGCGCCUGAUAAAGAAGGUGGGGCUGCGCUUUGGGUGCCACACCUGCGGGAUCCGAUCCCGCAGCACACGCUGGAUCGCAGACCAUCAGCCCCCCACAGCCCAAGUCCUCAACUAUGAACGCACAGCACUGGGCAGGGUGCUGGGAGUGCUUCGCAGGCUGCUGGGGGGCUCCAAGUACUGGCCGCAGCGCCUUUACCCCCACUGCGAAAGCUGCAGCCUCAAGCAAGCAGUCGCAGUACGACGGCAAACGGCUGCUGCUGCUGCUACUUCUGUCGCUGCCGUCACCCCACUCACAGCAGCUGCUGCGGCAGCCAGGCUGCGAGAGAAGAAAAACCUCCUUCAGCAGCAGCAUCUUGUCUACAGGUGGAAGAGCCUCAGGUUGUGGCAUUUUACUGGAGGCAUCCUCACUCUGAUUCGCUGCCUCAAUGCCCUAUAG